AUGGACGAAGAUCAGUUGUUGGACUAUGAGGAAGAGCAAGAAGAAACGACUGAUGGCAACAAAACAGAAAAUGGAUCAGCAACAGAUAAGAAAAUUAAGGGCACUUAUGCUUCCAUUCAUAGUAGUGGUUUUCGAGAUUUUCUCUUGAAACCGGAGCUGCUGCGGGCAAUUGUGGAUUGUGGUUUUGAACAUCCUUCAGAAGUGCAACAUGAAUGCAUUCCGCAAGCUAUUUUGGGCAUGGAUAUUGUUUGUCAAGCAAAAUCGGGAAUGGGCAAAACAGCUGUAUUUGUUCUGGCAACUCUGCAGCAACUUGAACCUGUCGAUGGCGAGGUGUCCGUUUUGGUAAUGUGUCAUACCCGCGAGUUGGCAUUCCAGAUUUCGAAGGAAUAUGAACGAUUCAGUAAAUACAUUCCUGGUGUUCGUAUUGCUGUCUUCUUUGGUGGCAUACCAAUCAAAAAGGAUGAAGAGACACUUAAAAACAAUACACCACACAUCGUUGUUGGAACUCCUGGCCGUACGCUCCAACUAGCUCGACAGGGAAGCUUGAAAUUGAAGAACAUCAAAUAUUUCGUUUUGGAUGAAUGCGACAAAAUGAUUGGUGAUAAUGAUAUGAGACGAGACGUUCAAGAAAUUGUGAAAAUGACGCCGCAAGAGAAACAAGUGAUGAUGUUCAGCGCUACGUUACCAAGGGAUUUACGAGUGGUCUGCAAGAAAUUUAUGCAAGAUCCAAUGGAAGUGUAUGUCGAUGAUGAAGCAAAGUUAACACUGCAUGGAUUGCAACAGCAUUACGUGAAACUGAAGGAAACUGAGAAGAAUAAGAAAUUGCUUGAAUUACUUGACCAACUGGAAUUCAAUCAAGUUGUGAUUUUUGUGCGAUCAGUACAACGCUGUGGCGCUUUGCAUACUUUGCUCUCUGAACAGAAUUUUCCAAGCAUUGCAAUUCAUCGUGGUAUGCCACAAGAGGAGCGCCUUUCUCGAUAUCAGCAAUUCAAGGAUUUCCAGAAACGUAUUCUUGUUGCGACGAAUCUUUUUGGUCGUGGUAUGGAUAUUGAACGCGUGAAUAUUGUGUUCAAUUAUGAUAUGCCGGAAGAUUCAGAUACGUAUUUGCAUAGAGUAGCACGUGCUGGACGUUUCGGUACCAAAGGUUUGGCGAUAACAUUUGUCUCCGAUGAAAAUGAUGCGAAAAUUCUGAAUGAUGUACAGGACAGGUUUGAUGUGAAUGUUACUGAGUUACCGGCUGAAAUCGAAGUUGCAACAUACAUUGAGGGACGAGCUAAUUGA